UUGAUCUCGUCCGACAGAUGACUUUCUGCUCCCUUUUCGACCGUUUGAACCUUCGGUUGAAGUACGGCACUGGCACCGGGCCUCGCCCACCCCUAGCUCAUUCAGGUAUCCGCCGUUUUCUCUCGUACCGACAAAGGCCCAUGUUCUCGUGAUCCUGGUGUCCAAACAGCAGCUACGUUGUCCAAGGUGUUUCCAAGUCCGGGGACAGCCCAGAGUGUCUGGAGUUCGGAGCCAGGCACGGGGCAAUCCUGCAACAUGGUCUCGGGCCCAGUCACCACCGACCACAAAGACAUCAACAUCACGGCGCUGCCUUUUUCAGAGAGCACGGAAUUCAACGUCGGUCACACCUACAAGUCGGUCUUCGAUUUGGUGAGAAAUGGGGCGGUGUCUGAUAUCGAGUGUUUGGUCGAGAAAUUAGGGGCGGAAUCUCUGAGCUCACGCGACGAGUGGGGCUACACGCCAGCACAUUGGGCGGCUCUCGACGGAAAUGUGGAGGUAAUGCGUUAUCUGGUCGAGAGGUCGGCCCCUGUCGACUUGCCAUGCCUGGGCACCCAAGGACCGAGACCCAUCCACUGGGCAUGUCGAAAAGGGCACAGCGCGGUUGUUCAAGUUUUACUGCAGGCUGGUGUGGCUGUAAACGCGGCAGAUUUCAAAGGUCUGACACCUCUCAUGACCGCCGCGAUGUUCGGAAGGGCGGCGACCGCGGCCUAUCUCCUCGGGAUGGAGGCCCUCAACCAUUUGACAGACAUAAACGGAGACAGCGCCCUUCAUUGGGCGGCCUACAAAGGACAUCCCGACCUAAUCAAGCUUCUCAUGUACUCCGGAAUAGACCUUCAGAAAGUGGACAACUUCGGUUCGACCCCUCUCCACCUCGCUUGCCUCUCCGGAAACGUGGACUGCGUUAAAAUUUUAUGUGAAAAGGUAGAUAACAGUAAAAUAGACCUGGAGCCGAGAGACAAAAACGGAAAGACGCCUCUCAUGCUGGCCAAAAGCCAUCGCCACGAUGAUAUCGUCCAAGUGCUCGUCGCCGAGAACAAAAGAAGAUCCAGAUGGAUGCCACCAAUUUCUGAAAUAUGGGGUAUACUCUUUGGUGGUGCAGGAGAUUCGAAAGGCCCGCUCUUACUAUUUAUAGGCUCUGUGCUUUGUUGGGAAUACCCUAUGUACAUUUUAAAGAGUAUACCAAGAACGUGGAAUUUAAUGCGUGGCACGCACUACUGUUUCAUCUAUUGGAACAUCCUUAUGUGGAUUUCGUGGGUGGUGGCUAACAGGAGGAAUCCUGGCUACAUCCCGCAGAACUCCGAGUGCUACUACCGGGCGAUAAAACAGAUACCGUAUUAUGACAAGCUGAAAAGGAGAGAGAUCGUACUGUCGAGGUUGUGCCAUUCGUGCCGCUGCCUCAGGCCGCUCAGAGCCAAACACUGCCGGAUCUGCAACCGAUGCGUUGCGUAUUUCGACCACCACUGCCCUUUCAUCCACAACUGCAUCGGCGUCAGGAACAGGAUUUGGUUCCUUCUCUUCGUACUGAGUGUCGCCAUAAACUGCACUUUCACCAUUUACUUCUCAUGCUACAGCAUGGCGAUCGACGGUUUCGACGUACUUUUCUUCAUCGGAUUCAUCGAAUCGCUCGUGUUCUGCGGGCUCGGUUGGAUCCUGACAUGUACAUCAGUCCUUCAUGCUUGCAUGAACCUCACUACGAACGAGAUGUUCAACUACAAGAGGUACCCGUACCUGCGCGACAAGAGAGGCAAGUACUUGAAUCCGUUUUCCAGAGGGCCGCUUCUCAAUCUGGUCGAGUUCUUCGUCUGCACGCCCUCCGACUCGGACGAACAAGUCCUGCUUAUCGAAGAUUCACCUUAGCCUAUCGUCGACUUGACGGCGAUCAAGCCGGGAAUAUGAAAUGCUGCUUAUGUCUACGUUCCCGGGCCGAGCUAUUUUUCGACGAAUCGCAUCUCGGAGGAGCAAGCCGAAGCUAUGGCGCACAUUGCAACCACUCACGAAUAAACGCUUAAUAGUU